AAUCUGCAGUGUGUGAGUCAGUGUCGGGGAGAGCAAAGCAGCUGCAGCACAGAGAGACACGUUUCUGUUGCACGAGCGUAAAACGCAGCCGAGCAGGAUGGGUAAAUCUAAGCAGCUGUAGAAGAAGAGGAAGUGAGAUGCCGUAUUGAAAAUCGAACAGGAAACACGUCAACGAUCCUUUAAACUUGCUGUGGAAACAGUUUUAGACUGGAAAAUUACUGAGUUGACUGUUUGACAGCAACAAGAGGUGGUCAGAGAAGAAGGAAGUUCACGGUUCUUAUCAUAGAGGUGGCAUCAGACGUUCUACACAAAUGUACUGGUUGUCUCCGGUUCAGUGGGCGAAAUGGACGUGGUCGGCAGUGACGGGAGCGACGGGAGAGGAUGGACAACCAGGAGGAAAGGCUGUCCAAGAAGAGAUGUAAGAGCGCUUGGGUACAGAGUUCAGACUCUGAGGGGACCUUUGAGACUCCAGAGGCAGAGUCUCCAGGUGUUGUGGAGCGGCUGGGACAGUUGGACGACUCUAACAACACAGCUGAUAAUCAAAACCACAUUCAGGACACCUUCUACCUCGAUGUCACCACCGCUCCAUCAGAAGGCCGCGACUCUUUGAACAACCUCACAGGCUCCUCGCCCAAUGGGAGCGGCUUCAGUCUGGAUCAAAACAUCAACUUGACCCUUAAAGCUGGAUCUGAAGAGGGCCUCUCCCCCUCCGUCCCCCAGCCCCAGCCUCAGACUCAGGCCAUCCGACCGCCAUCGCUACCUGUCCUCUCACCGCUGAACAGACCUGACCCCACCGAGGUGGAUGACGAGGCCCCGAUGACCUCUGACUCUAGCCCAGACUCAAACCUGACCAGCAGUCAGGACAUUUGCAUGGAUUCAGAUUUACUGAACGGCAACACAAAGUCAGACUGUUUGCUGUCAAAUGGCAACUCGGUCAUCACAAACUCCUGUAAAGUGGAGCCGAACCAGCAGAUGCAGAUGGACUCAAGCAAACAGGACGACCAUCAUGAAGGCCACGCUACAGACGAGGAGAAACUGGCAAACAGCGUUGGGGUCAAAUCAGAAAACAGCCAAAAUGUCCAAGAGUGCCAUUUGACAUCCAAACCUGAGGAAUCGGACGGCUGCUCUGUGUAUGAAGACAUGUGCAAGCUGAAGAGCCCGUCAGGGGGAAGUGAGACGCAGAAAACGGGAAGUCAGGUCCUGGAUUCCAUCUGCAUCAGUGAGGCCGAAAAACGGGCCGUCCUCAGCCUGAUCAGAGAGGAGGUCAUCACUAAGGAGGUCGAAGUCAGCGACUGGAAGAGAAAGUUUCAGCAGUGCAAACAAGAAGUCGAUGAGAUGAGAAAAAUUGUUGCAGAAUAUGAGAAAACCAUUGCUCAGAUGAUCGAGGACGAGCAGCGCAACACCCUGAACUUCCAGAAGGCCUUGAACCUAGCAACGGCGGAGAAGGAGGCGGCCAUGACGGACCUGAACUCUGUGGAGCGUUCGCUAUCCGACAUGUUUCGGCGCUAUGAAAGCAUGAAGGGAACGCUUGAGGGGUUUAAAAAGAAUGAAGAAGUUCUGAAGAAAUGUGCUCAGGAGUAUCUGGCCAGGGUCAAGCAGGAGGAGCAGAGAUACCGGACGCUAAAAGUGCACGCUGAGGAGAAACUAGAGAAGGCCAAUGAGGAGAUCGCUCAGGUGCGCGUCAAGGCGAGCUCAGAGAACACAGCGCUGACCGCCAGCCUGAGGAAGGAGCAGAUGAAGAAUGAAUCCAUGGAACAAGCCUUGCAGCAGAAGAAUCAAGAGAUCGAGGAACUCACCAAGAUCUGUGAUGAACUGAUCGCCAAAAUGGGAAAAGUAGACUAAGAGUUAGUCAGCGGCGUUCCGUGCAUGCCUCCAGACAAAAGCAGCUCUGGUUCUGUGUCCCAUGCUUUUCCCACGUCUGCAGUAACUCCUGUAUUCAACGUUUGCACUACAUGUGACCUGAACCUGUACAUGUUAAAUACAUGUGAUGACUUAGCAUUUUUGCAUUUUGCUCCCCUUUGACGAGCCCAGCUGGAGGUCCUGUGUUCAUCCUGUGACUCGGCUGCAGCUCCGCCUGCAGGAUGACAUCAGAUUAAGUUUGGGGUUUGAUUCAAAGUUACAAACAGACUAGUGUUUCAGUGGGGUUUGAAGGUUCUUUUCCGAUGUAUUUUUGUACAAAAUUCACCUUAAUUUUAUUCCCAAAGAGUCCGGUUUAAUAAAACUGCAUAAAGAGGAAGGAAUUGUUCGAGGACGGGUUGCACAGCGGCCCUCAGAGGCCUCAUUUCUGUCCAGCGUUGCUGCUGAAGUCCAGCAACAACUAGUUUACUGCAUCUGCCUUAGUUAGCACUUCAACACUUUAGAUAAUCCUGAUGAUUAAAUCUGAUGAUCAUAAAGCUUUCAUGUUGUGUGUUUAGUCAACUCCACGAAAUCACCUCGAACAGCUGAAUAAAAGAAUAAACCAGAGUAACUUUAUAUCUUGAUUGGACAUUCUGACCAUUUAUUACACUGUUUAAAACAGCUGCAAUGAGUCGUUCUCUUAAAUAAUCUUCCUGUCACCGACGGACCUGAGAGAAGUAGCUUUGUGAGAGGCUGCUGCUCACAAAUAAACAAAUACAUGUUUGCACAUUAAUUUUCACAGCUUUGCAUGUUUUAGAGGUAGAUAUUUGUGACACUAAUACACAAGCUGUGUUUAGAUUCGGGUCUGUCACGAUUCACUGUCUGAAAUGAGAUUAUAGCUUCUGCCUAAAUAACACACAAAUGUUGGAUCUGAUUUGCAUUUUUCUACAAAAGAAAUAUUUUCCCCAUUUAAGAAAAGUUAGCUUUUUUAGUUCUGUUGAGUAAAUCACCUUUGUUACCAUGUUUAUAAUGAUAAAAUCCUCUAGUUAAAACUGCUAAUGUGCCACAGAGUGUUUGUACCAACCGGAUGUCCCGUUACCUUUUGUUACUCAGCCGCUGUAUUUAUUUUUAUUUUUGUGUGCAACAAAACGACAAUCUCACCCUUUUGUGAAAGUAGCGUUAACAUUCUCUAAUAAACCUAAAGAGUUUGUUCUAUUA